UCUGGUAAAAAAUAAAUUACGUCCAACGUCGUCCCACAAACACUAGAUAAUUGACGGGUUCAAUCCGACGCCAUGCUCCGCUUCUGGUGCGUGUCGUGGCGGCGGCAGUACCCGCGCCCCCGCAGUCGGAAGUUGCACCCCUUGAACCGACAACUGUGCACGGCACAGUACCGAGUGACGCUGAUCCGCUUGCAAUGCAACGCCGCGCACAGAAACACCUGCCCAUCGCCAGACAGCCCCAGCGACUCCAUGCAGUCGGGGCAGUACCACGAGCCUUCGUCCGGCGGGCCAGUCAGGUCGAGGCACGCGGCAUGGUACAGCUUGCCGCAGUUGUUGUCGCAAGCCAUCAACACGUCAGUUGACGACGCGUCGUCGCCGCACACAUUGCAUCCAGAAGCACGAGCAUUAGGCACUCGUUUUACAGGUCGGUCCUCGACAGGUCGUGGCGAUGAUGGUGGUGAUGGACCUUCAUGGCAGAUAUAAUGUGAGGGUGUUGCGUAGGAUGGACAAUGUUCUGU